AUUGUAAUGUGGCCAGCUGACCAAGCGGUGAAAAAAAAAGUGGAAGUAGGCCCUACCACUAUUAACUUAGCUAUACCCCGUGGUUGACCUAAUCUUACUCAACAAAAAAUGCGAAGAUCCCAUAAAAAUAAAGUGAGUAAACUCAAACUGUGUGAUGGCAGAAUAGAAGCAGGGAAAAGCUGGAGCUAAUCUUACCGAAGACGGAAAAGCGAAGUUAAUUUUCUCCAAGACUCCAACCUGCGCUGCUAUUCCUGCUAAUUAAUUCCGCCGGCCCUAGCUAGCCCUGGCGCCAGCGCGCGAGCGCAGCCAGGCCGGCCUCGCCGGCCAGGGCCAUGAUCGUGACGUGAUCUGCACCGAAUGGGAUGGGCGUGUCAGUGUGUGUAGUUUGUGGACCGUAAAUAGAGCCAACAAGCUCAAACCUGUCACCUAAAAAUAGGCUUUUAUGUCCGCCACACUGCGGUGUAUAAAAGUGUACAGAAAGCUGAAAUUGUGUUAUUUUGAACGUUUACAUUCAAACUGCACACACACUUCGAUCUCGUCAACAAAUCGAAAUGGCUCGAAAGAGGAAAGGAGCUCCAGAUACAGUUGCAUCGUCGAAGAAGGUAGAUGAUCGCGGUGAUGCCGGGGUUUCGAAACCCAAGCAGGCCAAACGUGCAGCGGCGUCCAAGACUGCUGACCCGAACCAGCAUGUAUUCUACGAUGCUGAUUGGAGCGGAGUUGGUGAAGAAAGCUCAAAAGGUUUCCCUCCUGUUAUACAGCUAACAGGACCAGGGAUUAAAGGAUCCAGUAAAGUGGCUGGAUUUGAUCUCGAUUACACCCUCAUUAAACCGAAAAGUGGCAAAAAGUGGCCCACAGGUCCAUCAGAUUGGAUGCUGUUGAAUGACAAGGUGGAAAAGAAACUGAAAGAACUUCACAAAGAUGGCUACAAGAUCGUCAUCAUAUCUAAUCAGAGGGGUAUAGAAAAGGGACACACAAAACCAACCGAUUUUCAGCUCAAGAUCAAUCAGAUUGCCAAUGCAUUGCAGCUGCCCAUUCAGUGUUUUGCAUCUACUGGUGAGAAUCACUAUCGCAAACCAGGAACUAUGAUGUGGGACUUGGCAGUCGGCGAGGAGAAUGGUGGCAUCAAGGCCGACUACGCCAAGUGCAUGUACGUAGGUGAUGCAGCAGGCCGUGCCAAGAACUGGGCCCCAGGGAAGCCUCGGGAUUUCUCCUGCUCCGAUCGUAUGUUUGCUCACAAUAUUGGUAUUCAGUUUCACACACCAGAAGAGUUUUUUCUUGGUGAGAAGGCUGCUCCAUUUGAAUGGCAUUCAUGUGAUCCUGUCAAAGCUUUAGAAGAAGGAGAGGCAAGGAAAACGGUUAAAGAAUACCAUCAAAAGGACAAGAAGGUGAAAGACCUUGUGAUCAUGGUUGGACCUCCAGCAUCGGGUAAAAGUACUUUUGCCAAGGCCAUGCUAGUCAGCAAUGGAUACGAGUGGAUCAACAGAGAUACCCUCAACACUCCUGCUAAGUGUUUCAAAGCUACAGAGGCAGCAAUCAGUGCAGGCAAGAAUGUCGUGAUUGACAACACCAACCCUUCAAAGUCUGCGAGGGCAGAUUACAUCGACUUGGCGAAAGAAGCAGGCUAUGUUGUACGAUGUUUCAUCAUGGAUACUCCCUUAGAGCUGGCUUUUCACAUGAACAUGUACCGACAGUCACUGACAGAGGGCGGUGUUCGUCGCAUCCCACAGGUGGCUUAUAACAUUUACAAGAAGAACUACAUGGCUCCUACCCUAGAUGAGGGCUUUAAGACCAUUGAGAAGAUUCAGUUUGAACCAAGAUUCAACAGCGAUAAGGAUCGGGAUCUGUUUCUGCAGAAAACAGACAUGAGUUAAGACUCGUAACAUAAAGCUUAGCACUCAUCGUAGAGCAUAUUUUACAGUUGAUUGCAUUGACUACAAUUAAUGUACUAUCAAUCAUGAAAAAUCAAUUGCUGACCUUUGUGUUAAUGUACCCUCUUGUUCUCUGAGAACUUUCAUGCAAAGGUGUUAGAUCUACAUGUAUGAAAAAAAAAGAUAAUUAUAAUGAGCUAUCCACCGCAUAGUCUUUCUAGUACACUACCUUCUUGUUUUUAUAUAUGUAUCUUUUCUACAAGCUGUGCAAUCAUUUACAUUAUUUGCUUCAGGUACAGAAUAAAUCAAUAUUCUAGCAUACAGAUAUUGUCAUGAUUUUUUAAUUUAUUUAAAAUGAGUUAUUUUGAACUAGCCCUAGCUAUGGUGAGAAAAUACCCCCCCCAAAAAAAAAAAAAAAAAAAAAAAAAAUCACUUCACACAGUAAUUCAAGACCUUUAUAGUGGAGUACACAACCUUAUGAGUUAAAAAUGGCCCAUCAAGAGGCUUGUACUAUCUGUUCAGCUGAAUUUCAACUUUAUUUUAGCUUAAUACAGUACAUUGAAUUCAUGAGUAAAGAUGAAAUUAACCACCAAUCGUGUGGAAACCAUAUGUACACAAAGCCUAUGAGAGUUUGUAUCUGUGCCUUGAUAACACAGCAAAAAAAAAAUGGAUAAUGAGAUAUUAACAAAAACUGCCAUAUGUCUUUCUGUUUUUAUAUUUUAUAACAACACAUUGACCUUGAUAUAUAUCACAUAUUGUAGUUGUUUUAAUUGAAAGCUAUUGAAAGUAUGAAUGGUCAUCUUGGUGAUAUCAAAUCUUUAUAAAUCAGUACCUUUUGCAUUCUGGAAGUGGUAUAGACAUUAUAAAGCUGUAUUUCAAGAAUUUACAUCGUCUGUAAAUGUGUAAUAUCAUGUAAAAAAAAUAUAUUGUCAACUUAAGCCAUUGUAAGAUAACUUACAAUUAAGCCAUUAUUAGAGAACUUACCUUGCCAAAAUUUUUAACUUCAGGGAAUAAUUUUCCUGGUAUCGCAUCGCAAUUUCCUCCACAUUUUGAAAGACUGCUAUGUAUAAAGACUUUUUUAGUAGCAUAUUUUUACAUAGGACUGUACAUUACUUAGUUGAGAGCUUUUCUCUUAUGACCAAAAAUGCUACCGUAUUCAAAUUUGUAAAGCAAAAUUAUUCCCUGAACUUUUUUUAUAUGAAAUCAUAAGUUAUUAUUCUUGAUACAGAAUAAUUAUCUAAUUACCCAAUACAUGCGUUUGGACAUGGCUAUUUAACAUCCAACAUGUAAGACUAUAUUUAUACUGAACAGAUCAUUUUUCUGCUAUAAUAGAUACAUGUAGAUCUAGAUGAAUUUCAAGAACUUGAUUGCUGCCAUUUUUGUACCUACCAAACUCAUUCAUUCUUUAAAGUGUGAUUUUUAUCUAGAACAGAUGAAUGUAAUUUGAAUAUUGUUGUGCCUAGUUUCAGGUUGUGAAAGUAGAUGUGACAGACAUUUAGAUUACAAGGAAUUCAGGUGAAUGUGUUUUUGUGAAGAAAUGUAUUUCAGAUUGAUCAUCAUGCGUUGUAUGCGACAUUCAGCAUAUCAGAAAUUGAAAGUAGUAGUAAACAAUUACACAUAGUUAACUUCAGUUGAUAUGUUUAAAGUCAUUCCGUGUUAAAAAAAUACCAUAGCUGUUUUAUAAAUACAGAUUACUAAAGAUUUCAGUAUAGUCUCAAAUGUGUUAACAAAUCGUAACUCUAUGUAUAUAUGGUUUGUCAUUGACAUACACUUAGUUUAGUCUUGAUUGCAAAAUUGAUAAAAUUUAUUGUAUUUCUAUAUUACAAGAGUCAGGUAGAGAGAGCUCUAGGAUUUAUUUUUUUUGUAUCCUAGUCAUGAAUUAUCAGUACUGAAAUAUUUACUGAAAUUAUAUUUUGAUCCGUGUAUUUGGAUUAUUAUCAAUGUUCUAUUGAAUUGCAUUUGUUGAAAAUGUAUUUUAGAUGUCACUGUAUUCUCUUUGAUUCAUUUCAGAUAAUACUCAAAACACUUCAAUAAGAAUCGUUCAUGUAUGCAAAAGUCGAUUUUUUUUUUAUCUCUUUGAUUCAUUUCAGAUAAUACUCAAAACACUUCAAUAAGAAUCGUUCAUGUAUGCAAAAGUCGAUUUUUUUUUUUAAAUAUAGAUGUACAUGUACCAAGCUAUCACAGACAGAGAUCUGAUUUUCAGGUUGUCUGUGGUGGAUUUAAACAAUGUUAAGAUAAUUCAACUGAAGAGUUAGUAAAUGAAAAGGAAUUAUUUCAAUACCAGUAAAAAUGUGUUUUUUAAAAAUGUAUAGAGCACUUAAAAAGUGACAACAGGGAAUUUGUGAAACCGCAAUUAGUUCAAGAUUUGAAAACCAGCAAUCAUACAGAUUAGUAUGGUUUGGAGGAAGGGGCAAGAUGUUACCUUUAAUAUAUUCUUAUUAUAACCAAUUAAGUCUAUCUGGAUCAAUUUUCCUUACCAAAGAUGGAGUUCAUGUGGUUAACAUAAAAGUGUCUUUCAUUGCCAAUAGUGUUUGUGUAAUCAUGUAUUUUUAUGUGGAUUGAAUUUAUGAAAUAGAGCAAUAUCAGCAAACUA